AUUUAAUUUUCACAAUAAAUGUAUUGAAAGCCAAAUACUAAUAGUUUGUCUUCAGCUGAUUGAGUACCAGAAACAGCACAACAAUAAUAAAGACAAUAAACAGCGACAACAAUGUCGAGGGAAUCUAUAUUUAUAUCGACACAACAGUUCCUAACAAGUCGUAUAGUUUUAUUAAUAUUAAUCACAUCUUGGAUAUGCAUUCAUACCAAUGGCAACCGUUACCCACCGUUUCAAAUAUUAGCCAUUUUACCUGAAGAAGAGGCGCCACAAAUAUCACGUGAACUACGCCGAGCACUGGCCGAAUGGGAAGUGACCAAACACUCGGCUUUAUUGACUACAAGUAAUAAUAUGCCUGCAAUCAGUGUUUCCGAUAUAUCAAUGUUUGUAUCGCCGAUUGCCGUCACCAAUGACUCACAAAGGAUUAUGUCUUCACUGUGUGAAGCACUUGAAGUUCAUAACCCUUCAGUCAUAUUGUCUUUGGUGAGCGAACCGCGAAGUUUUUACGCCGAUAUCAUUGCUGAGACCACUUCUUUGCCUUUCUUAUCACUCACUCAACAAUACAGACAGGAAUUAUGGCUUGAGCAAAUGUUUGAUACAUCAAAGCGAAUCAGUUUAGACCCUCCAAUCUGGUCAUUAGCCGAUGCCGUAUAUGAGAUGCUAAAGAUUCAGCACUGGUUUGAUGCCAUACUUUUAAUUGAUGACUCCGUGACCUCCGAUAUGUUUAGCUAUCGGCUCAGUCAUCUCUGUAAAGUUAACAGAAAUGGCCAGAUCACCAAUCAGGUCAUCUCAGCAAAUACUUUCAAUAAUAUGUAUGUCGACACAAAACUAUGGCAAAAACCGAUGACAAUAUUGUUUCCCAGAGGUCUUAAACAACGAGAUUUUUAUUUAAAAAUGGCCGAAAUCCAGACCAGUCACCGACGGAUUAUAUUAGUUCACUGCAAUCGUAUGACAAGUGCUCGCAUUGUCAACACUGCCAGAAGUUUAGGACUUCUCGAGGGAAAUAAGAUAUGGAUUUUAUUGGACGGACAAAUCGGAUCACAAGAAAUCACGUCAUCUUCUUUAAGACAAUUUCUCGAUCUUCCCAAUGGUAUGAUUGCUUUAAGACAUCGCACACAACAUCACAAUGAUAUCAAAACAUUGACUGCAAUCAUACAAUUGAUUGGACGCACGGCCUCAAGUGUAUACAGGAAUUCUCGUUUUUGGCUCAAUAACAAUGAUAACAGAAAUGUAUCGGCACCGGGAGUUAAUUGUUGGCACUCUAUAUCUAACAACAAAAAGAAAUUUAACGAAGUUGUCUAUAGAGAACUUAAGAGAUGGUUGACUCCUUUAUCAACAAUGAAAUCAAAUUUUUUAUGCAAAUUAAGGCGACAUAUGAUAAGUGAAGAGAGCAAUGAUUUGCUUUCCUUACCGGAAGAGUCUCUCUGGUCAUCGCCGGUCUUUGAUAUCCUUAACUUAGUUCCUGCGGACACAUAUGUAAAAGACAAGGAGUGGAAAGUCAUCGGAAACAUAACCAAAGAUAACGCCACUAUAAAUACAAUCAGAUAUAUCGGUCACACAUCAGAUGUUUUUGCCACUGGAAAGCAUAGAUUCAGAAUCGCUACUAAUAUCGCGCCGCCGUUUGUCAUCGGAUCCACUAAAUUGGACAACAAUUCAUGUCUUACCGGAGAUUUCUGCCUUAAAGUCAAAACCAAUAUUCGCGAUGAUUUGAUUUCAAUAUUUACUGAUUUUCGGUCCAAUAAAAGACAAUUGGAAGGACAGGCAUAUGAAGUGCAUUGUUGUGCCGGAAUAUCCAUUGAUUUGCUCAAUGCUGUGGCCAGAGAUCUUAACUUUGAUUAUGAUCUUUAUUUAGUAGCUGAUGGCCUGUUUGGUGUCCGACGCAAUGGUCAAUGGGACGGCAUAACAGCUGAUUUAGUCAAUGAUGUGGCGCAUAUGAGUUUCACGGCAUUUAGCACUACUAGCACUCGUGUUCAGGCCAUUGACUAUUCGGUGCCAUUCUUUUAUUCUGGUGUUUCCUGUUUGUCCCGUUCAUCCAAUUACAUGGAUGUACCUCUUGAGGCAUUUCUAAUACCUUUUAGCUAUCAGUUAUGGUUUGCUAUAUUUAUGAGCCUUUUGGCCACUGCUGUGGCCGCAGCCAUAUAUGAGUGGCUCAGUCCCUUUGGUCUGAAUCCAUGGGGACGUCAGCGCACAAAAAACUUUAGUUUAGCCUCAGCUCUAUGGGUGAUGUGUUCGCUACUAUUCAGUCAUUUAGUGGCCUUCAAAGCACCCAAAUCCUGGCCCAAUAAGGUAUUGAUCAACGUUUGGGGUGCUUUUAGUGUCAUAUUUUUAGCCACAUAUACGGCUAAUAUUGCCGCACACUUUGCCGGUCUCUUCCUUAUUCCUGAAGUCAACGAUUUUCGUGAUUCGAGCCUUAUGAAACAAAGGACGGGAACCGCCAGAAGUAGUGCAUCGGAGGGAUAUUUAAUGGAAAAAUAUACUGAUCUCUGGCAUCAUAUCCAGAGGUGUAACCAUUGCAAAGUACACAACUUCACCGAAGGACUCGAACACUUGAGAAACGACGAUUUGGAUGUUCUUAUAGGAGAUACGGCUAUAUUAGACUACUUCCGAGCCACUGAUCCCUCUUGUAAUUUAAAACUAUUGGGUGACUCUAUCUUUGAUGACGCCUAUGCUGUGGGAAUGCAAAAGGGUUUCCCAUUUCGGGAAUUGAUAUCAAGUUUGAUACUAAAGUAUAACGAAUACGGCUUUUUGGAUCAAUUGCACCGAAAAUGGUACGGAAGAGUCCAUUGUCUCGAGUCUUCGGCAUUGACUAAACCCAAGCCUUUAACGGUCAAAGCUGUCGCCGGAGUCUUCCUAAUGCUCUUCUUUGGUCUAAUUGUCGGAACAAUUAUUUUACUUAUCGAACAUUUCUUCUUUAAAUAUUUUCUUCCGUCGUUAAGAAAAAAACCAAAAGAUUGCUUUUGGAAGAGUCCUAACCUUAUGUUUUUUAGUCAAAAAUUAUAUCGCUUUAUAAAUACAGUUGAAUUGGUUUCACCCCAUCAUUCAGCCAAAGAAAUUAUGACUAAUCUCAGAGAAGGACAGAUUGCAAGUCUUUUUCAAAAAAGUGUUAAACGAAAAGCUAAAGAAGAGGCGAGACGUCGAAAAAGUAAAUCACAAUUCUUUGAAAUGAUUCAAGAAGUGAGAAAAGUUGUCCAAAGACAACAACAUGAGCGCAGUUUUAAUGAUUCAAUAGAAAUUACAUCAAAACCAUCGAUGGUUUCAAAUCAAAGUGAAACAAUAAUAAGUGAAACGGAAUCAUUGGGAGCGCCGACCACUUAUAGGACAUCUUCCAUUCGCUUUAAAGAAACGGAUGAUAUAUACGAUGAACACAUACUCGUUCACAGAGAACCUCUUCCACCAAAUCUUAUAUUAAAACCAGUCUCAAGUCUAAAGGGUUCCGACUCGAGGACCAAACUUCUUAAAACGAGUCGAACUUCUACUUCAAUGACCAGUUCUGGUGAUUCUCCAUUAUAUAAGAAUCUGAUGUCACCAUUAAUCAGAUCCAAUCAUCGUUUAAUACCAAACUCUAUGAGUUCUCAGUUUACUACAAGUUUUAGUUUGGAAAAUGUAUCGUUUAUUACAACACCAGAGAAACAAAUGGACAAAUCAAAGACUAGAAGGAAGAUGUGGUCAUUUGAUGACUUGGAUGCCAUUAAGCGAGAACUGAGAGAACCUGUAUCUCCUCAUCAGCGCAAUCAUUCAUCGCUUCUAUUGUUUGAGUUGAUCCCUAAAAAGAAUUCUGUGAUCAUUGCAAGUCCUCGACAUCGCAUCGAUAACUUAAGGCUGUCAUCGAUGACCAAAGAGGAUGUGCUGUCCAUGUGGAGGUCCUCUGAACGGGAACUCCUCAACCAUCUUCAAGAAGCUUUGCACCAAAAACGAGCACUUGAAGAGAGGGUAGCGCUUCUACAACGUAUGCUUAUGAAGCCUCCCUGAGGGCUGUGCUCUUUAGGUGUCUGUAUUUGCCACUUAUAUACCGACAAAUUCAUUGAUUUACAAUGCUUUUUGAAUCGCUGUUUGAAUGUCUUAUUAAUUCAUUCAAAUUAUUUAACGAGUUUUAAGCUAUUUUAACAACAUUCGGGUUAAUUGAAUGAUUAAUAUUGGAGGGAAAACAUGAAUGAAUUAUGAAAUUGUUUAAUAAUAAGGGAUUGAAUUUG